AUGAAAACUGACUCGAUCCUUCUAGAAACUGCCUUUUUUUUCUCAGAGAACGACACCGUUUUAAGCAACGAAGAACGCGAUUCCAUUGAAGGUUUGUUAACUGAAUUGGAAUGUCUCAAUGCUUUGAAAGAUAUGGAACCAGACAAAAGCCCCGGAACAGAUGGCUUGCCUUCUGAAUCUUACCAAAUGUUUUGGAGUGAAGUUUCCAAACCUCUGCUAGAAGCUUUAAAUUACGGUUUUGAGAUCGGCCAGCUGUCUAUAUCUCAAAAACGGGGUAUAAUAAAACUUAUUCCCAAGAAGAGUGAAGAACUUUACUACAUCACAAACUGGAGGCCGCUUACACUCUUAAACUGCGAUUACAAGGAUUUGCUAACAAGUAGCUUUUGUUUUUGCUUUUGUAUUUUUAAGCCUAUUGCAUUAAGUCAAGUUGGUGGAGCUCCAACUAUAAAACGAAGCCAAGUUAGCAUCCUACAACGGAUCAACAUGAAUGCAGUCAGAGGAUUAAAGCUUGAUGUACCAGAUGCUUUGCAGCGUUUGACAAAGCUUGAACAAGCUGUAAAUGGAGUAGUUCAAAGACUUUUAAACUUUGUCACAGUCACAUGGAGGAAUCCCACUGUUCUCAAGCCCCAGCUGGCAGAUAUCAGGGACAUUGCUGGUAAGGCAAAGGUAGCCUUGAGAUUAUUAACAGAAUUUGCUCUCAGUUCUCUGGUCAAUGCAAGAAAUCUUCCAAACCAGGAACUUAGUGGGAAGCUAAGCAGAGCAGUUGAGCCAUUACUGGAGACAUAUUAUGCAGUGAAGUUGGCAUUGCAAAGACUUGACAACAAUGGCUGGGAUGUUGCUUUGGACAAAGGUGACAGAACACAUGAUGAACUUGAUCUGAUUAUGGUUCACAUCCGUUCUGUUCCUGAAAACUCACAAAUUUUAGCAGCAAUCAUUCGUACUGCUGCAACAAUACUGUACAACACUCCAUCCAAGAAGAACAAAGUAGAGCCCACCUUGCACAGCUCUAAGAAAUCAAAUGAAGAGUAUCAAGCUCAAACAGUAAAGAAAAGCAAAAUGUCUGUGGUGGAAUCAGAACAGUCAGAAGUCAUCAAAGAUACUGUUGAUACUAAUUACAAACCUUCAGCUAACGGUGGGAAGUGGAGUCCUUCAACUGUGCGUCGUGUCUGUGGGAUGGACACACCCAAGCGGAAUAGUAAUGACAGUGAGAGACUUGCUGUUGGAGGUGAUGAAGAAAGCGUGGCACCAAAGCUUCCAUUACGUUUGCAGUCAGUUAAAGGCAAACAGAUAGAUUCUAUUUUAGAAGACUCAAAAUCCCCGCCACCACCUCCCCAGAGAAAAGACAGCAGUGAAAAAUGUCAACAUCUGAGACAGAAAAGCAUCGAUAAGUUUCCUCUUGAAGCAGCAAAUGGGGAAACAUCAGGACCACCUCCAAAGCCAAAGUUAGACAGGAGAAACACAUCAAGGAAGAGUUACAAGAUUCCUUUGUAUUCCGAGCAAAGACAUGAUACAGGAGACAUUAUUUGGCGAGAGCAUAGGAGUGAAACAGAGCCAUCAACAUCCAGACGGAAAUGCAAUUCAGAUCCAACACAGUUACAUGAUCACAAAAAUACAGAAGAAGACCAAACAUCAUCAGAGAAACACAAAUUAGCUACUUUGGUGAAGCAGAGCACAGUUCACAUCUCAGACUCAGAUUUGCCACAAAGUUUAAAACAAUCAAAGGAUGGCCAGUCAUGGGGCAUCAAACUGGAAGAGAGAGGAAAUUUGUGCUUACAUGGUGACAGCUCAGUCAAUAAACCACUGCAGCAUCUUUUAAAUUUGAGGAAAGACAAUGGUACAUCAAAUGGAUGUAUGGUGUCUUUGAAUGAUCGAGAACUUUUGGAAUUCUAUAAAUAUGAGAUCGAUGCACAAUUAUUUGUGUUGAGUGAAGCUGUGAAAGGUUUUUUUGCUGUUAUUGACAAGAAUGAAAGUCCUAAGUUGUUCGUGUCCAGUAGCAAGUUUAUUGUGCUGAGUGCACAUAAAUUUGUCUACAUUGGUGACACUUUAAGUAAGAGAAUUAAAAAUGGUGAUCUGAGGAGCGAAGUAGCAGCUGUGACUAAUAAACUGUCAAACUGCAUCAAGAGUUUAGUGACUGCAACAAAAUCUGCAGCACUGCAGUAUCCAGCGUCGAAUGCCAUGCGUCAGAUGGGUGAAACUGUUGUUGUUGUUAACAAUGUUGCAGUUGAACUGUAUCAGAUUGUGAAGAAAACCACAAAGAGUUCCCAGGACAACUUUGGGCACAAGCUGUAAAGGUGCCUUGGACUAUCUUAGUUUGUUUUAAUGAUACAAAUGUUAGGAGUCAGCUAUAACUUAGAUGAUCUCCUUGAAUGAAACUUGAAACAGUUUUAGAGAAUGCAUGUAGGAAAAACAAACACUUAAACUGAAAUUGUACUCCAAACAUGAAGCAAAAAGAUUUUUACUUAACAAAAUACUGUUUAGUAGAAGUUGAUUAGCCCCAUAUUCACUUUUAAAGAACGAGAAUUAGACAGUGUUUCGACCUCUGGUUCAGGUCUAAUUGACCUCUGGUUGGGGGUUAAAUGGUUAGGGGCUAAUCAACUUGGGGGUUAACGAUUGGUCACCCUUGUAGCAAUUUAACACCAGACGUUACCUGAUUCAAAGUCUGGCCAAGCAGUGGGUAGCGUGGGUCAAAGACAGUCUGCUCCGACAGUAGACUACAGAGGAUUUUAUGACACGCCCAGUUGCACUUGCCUAGUUCCUGUAUGGCUUUCUCCUAGGCCUUCACGGUCAAUUGUUUUCGGUUGCCCAUCUGGGAUGACGUCACUGGAAAACGAUUGCCUGUGGCAAAAUAUUGAGGCCUAAGAACUAGGCAACAGUUGCAUUGCAAGCCAAGGAGAGGGUAGAGCUGUGUGUGUGGGUUUGGGGGCUGGGUAUCAUUUGCAAGAAAACACACUAAAACACACUUGCUUAAAUACGAACCAGAAUGCCCCGUGAAUGCCUUACAGUAUUAAUGAACAUGUUGCUAUUACAGCAAAGACUUUUGAAUUCCUUGUAAAUACUUUAUGAGUUUUUAAAUUGGCCAAGCUAAGGGUACCUUUGUUAGUUAGAAAUCCUAUAUUCGUCAUUAUUUUCUGAUUCUUUAAAAUGCCCAAAUAAAACAGUCCUUUUUAACUUUUGCCUACGUGAAUAUGAUAAUGAAAAGAUGAUUCAUAAUGAUCCCAAAAAAUGGUAUUCCUUUUGCUAGUUUAAUGAUUUCUUGUGUGUAGCUUUUAAGUAUCCUUAAGAAACUGAACUUGAGAAUAGUCGGCUUCCCAGAUUUGAGAGAUUUGUAACGUGAUAAUGAUGGAGGGAUGUAUUUCCAACUAAAAUGUUAAGAAUUUUAUAGGGAGUGUGUUCAAUAAGGACAACCUCUAACAUUACUUUUUCCAGUAAUUUCUCUUCCACAAUAAUCAAAUUGCCUUGUCUUAUCCUUGAUCACUCAGCUCUUUAUGCAUAAGCUAAGUUUCAUAUGUUGUGGCAUUAAAUACAAGCCGUUCACGAUCGGUGCAAUUUUUGUUACUCUCAACUUUAUAUGUUUAUCAUAUCUUAGUACACUCAAUGUUGAGAUUUGACUACGUUACUGUUAGUGAAUAGUUUGUUACUUUUUGUAAAUUUGUAGUUUCACUAAAACUGAUUUGUAAAAAAGGUUUUGAAUUAUAAAACUGUUAACUUGGAUUACACACUUUUCUUUUACAAGACAGCUUGAAGAUUUGCUCGAUACUAUUGUGAGAAAUUCAAUUUUACUGACAAAUUAAAUGAUAGUUGAAGGACUGAG